AUGAAGGUUAUCAAUGUGAACAAAUUGACUUCAGCUGGUUGCCGAGUGAAAAUCUGGAUUGCUGAUUCGUUUGCUAAGAUGAACAAGAAAAUGGGCGGUGACUUGAAGAAAAUCAGAAUGGUUGGAGAAUACUUCCAAGAGGUAUGGAAGGCCGCCGGGAUGAACAUAGACAAUGUUGAGUUUUUGUGGGCGUCCGAGGAAAUUAAUGCUAGAGCGGCCGAGUACUUGGACCUUGUGAUGGACAUUGCUUGCCAAAACACGGUCUCUAGAAUCUUAAGGUGUGUGGAGAUUAUGGGACUUAGUGAGACCGAUGAAAUGAGUCAGGCCCAGAUCCUUUACCCAUCCAUGCAGUGCGCAGAUGUAUUUUUCCUUGAGGCUGAUAUUUGCCAGCUUGGGAUGGAUCAAAGAAAAGUAAAUAUGCUAGCGAGGGAAUACUGUGAUGACAUAAAGAGGAAAAACAAACCAAUAAUCUUGUCGCACCAUAUGCUUCCUGGUCUCCAACAAGGACAAGAAAAGAUGUCCAAAAGUGAUCCAUUAUCUGUCAUCUUUAUAGAAGAUGAGGAGGUAACUGUAACUUAG